AUGGUCCGUUUCCUUACCAUCGAGGAACCUACUAGCGAAAGAUCGCGGGAAAUAUGGGUCUUAGAGAUGCCUGGCCUUGCAUUGAAGCAUGGCUCGCUCUUAUAUUCCAUAUACUGUAUAACCACGAUGCAUCUCUCUAAGAUGGAGCCUCUAAACCUUGAGGUUUUAGAAGCAUUCAACAUCUAUUUCGGCCACGCUAUCCGAAUUCACCGGCAUGAGGUUAGCCAGAUUAAUAAAGCCAAUGCGGAUGCGGCGCUUUUUACGGCGUCGGUAAUUCGUCUUUGUGCUCUCGUCCUAUUACAGGACAGGGAGAUGACCCCAUAUACGCCUCCUACGAAUGGCUUUUGA